AUGUCGGCCGCCGCUGAGACCGCGCCGCUGGCGAGGUGCACACGAGGGCAGAGAGGCUGGUACCCGAGCGAAGCGCAGCACGAGAUCUCCGAAGCGUCUAGAGAGAUUAAGGCGGCCCAGCAGCAACUUCGUGGGGCCUCGAAGAACAGCGCCUUCGAGGCGACCCUGGAGGCGAUGCUCAAGGCGGCGCGGAAGAAGCGCAGCAUCGCGAGGUGGAGAGCACUGGAUACGUUCUUCGAAGGCUAUGCACGGCAGCUCGAAAAGAAGAGCCGCGAGGGGGAUCAGGCGGGUUUCUACAGGCACCUGAAGAUGAUCGACGUCGAAGGCAAGAGGUCGUUCACCUCUCAGAACAUCAAGGACGAGGACGGCAAGGUCCUUCGGUACCCCACGUUUAUUCGCCAACGGUGGGCACGGUGGUUCCACAAGCUUCUCAACACCAAGUCGCCGACCAUCGACCUGCAUGCGGCUGACAAGGUCAAGCGGUGGCCCACGUGCGUGCCACUCGACGACAUCCCAUCUCUACUUGAGGUUGAGGAAGCGGUACGGGAAAUGGCCAACAGAAAGGUCGUCGGGCCGGACGAACUACCGGCUUAGCUGAUC